GUUUUGCUCAUUUCCACAGAAAAUGUCAGACACGAUGUCGGACGCGGGUGAAAGCACGGGAACUGGCACCGGCAAGGAGCUGAGCAAAGACCAGCUGAAAGUGCUGCGGGAUGCCUUCAACGCGUUCGACAAGGAGAAAACGGGCAGCAUUUCCACGGACGUGGUUGGCACGAUCCUGGAGCUGCUCGGGCACAAACUAUCGGAGGAGGAACUCGAAGAGGUGAUCGAGGAGUACGAUGAGGACGAAUCCGGCCAGCUAGAAUUCGACGAGUUCGUCGCACUUGCCUCAAACUAUGUCGAGCCCGAGGAGGACUAUGACGCCCUGCGCAAAGAACUCCGCGAGGUGUUCAUGAUGUACGACAAGGACGCAAAGGGAUACCUGCCCGUGGAGGAGUUCAAGGCCAUCCUCCGGGAGCUGGAUGGAGCCGUGCCGGAAGAAGAGCUGGACGAUAUCGUGGACGAGAUCGACGCCGACGGAUCCGGCACGGUGGACUUUGAGGAAUUCAUGGAGGUGAUGACAGCCGACUACUACGCGUAACUGUGGUGGCUUUCGUGGCACACAUGCACGGCCGAGAGCCAAGGAUGCGAAAGGUGCCUGCAGCCGCACAGUGCCCUGCAUCCGAGCACUUCUGCAAACAAUCAUUCGCCGUUUAGCACGAGCAGAUCCUGCGGUACAACGCCGCACAAGAGCACUGGCAUGAGACAACCGACAGAGGACCAGAUGGACGGAUGCACAGAUGCUUGUAGAUGUUAACUAGAUAGUAACGCAGAAGAAAACCCCAACGCCGCACAACAGACGUGGGAGGGUUGGUGAGAAAUAAUUAGAAUGACAAAAUGAAAGAAAGAAAGAAUAGUUGUGAGAGAGAGAGAGAUAGACUUUGGAGUGGUUGCGUUUAUACGGUGCCAGCUCGUUUGGUGCCGGAUAGACGAGCAACCAGCCAGUUUUCCGCAUUCACAUCGCAAAUCAUGCUCACCCCUCGACCACUCAUACACCAUACCCACCCACUCACCCAACCCAUCGCAAAGGAACUGAAAAUAAAUGUUUCAUGCCUUUUAGGAUAAGAACGUGUCUUUGCCUUUGGAACGGGUAGCCCGGAGAACGGAGUAGCGGAAGCCGCCUGGAAAAACCCACCAGUUCCUUCAGUGGUGGUUCGGUGAUAAGAGAAAAGAAUAGAAUGGAAAUGAGGGGAAGUUGAGUUUGGGGGUUUAGGAGCGGAAAAGGCACACAAGAUGGUGGCAUCUUUCCGGCAGGAUAUCAUCCGUAAUUCGCUUUGUAAGACAUCGACAUCGACAUCGGGGGUUGUUGGGAGGCGACGACUUCCUACUCACAAAGGCACAUCGCACACG